AUGGAUGACCCCUCCGCUCCCCUCCCCACCGGCCCCAGCUGUCUGCUCCUUUCCUGACUUCCCCACCCUGGCGUACCAUGGCGUCCGGCGAGGAGGACGGCACGGUGGACGAGAAGGAAAACAACAACAAGAAGAGAACCAAAAGCGCCCUCGCUACCGCAUGGCUGACUUUCUACAACAUCGCCAUGACCGCCGGGUGGCUCGUCUUGGCUAUGGCAAUGAUCCGCUUCUACAUCCAGAAAGGAACACACAAGGGUCUGUACAGAAGUAUAGCAAGGACACUCAAGUUUUUCCAGACCUUUGCGUUAGUUGAGGUGGGACAUUGCGCUGUUGGAAUCGUGAGGACUUCUGUGAUUGUAACUGGGGUUCAAGUAUGUUCAAGGAUUUUCAUGGUUUGGUUCAUAACCAACAGCAUCAGACAGAUCCAGAAUGAAGAAAGUGUAAUCCUGUUCCUGGUCGUGUGGACGUUCACAGAGAUUACCAGAUAUUCCUACUACACAUUCAACCUGCUCCACCACCUGCCGUACUUCAUCAAAUGGGCCAGAUACAACCUGUUCAUCGUCUUGUACCCGCUGGGAGUCAUUGGAGAGCUGCUAACCAUUUACGCCGCUCUGCCGUUCGUACGCAGAACUGGAAUGUACUCCAUGAGGCUUCCUAACAAGUAUAACGUGUCGUUCGACUACUACUACUGCCUCAUCAUCGUCAUGCUGUCGUACAUCCCACUGUUUCCUCAGCUCUACUUCCACAUGCUUCGGCAGAGGAGGAGGGUCCUUCACGGGGAGGUGAUAGUGGAGAAGGACGACUAGAAAAACACCACCUCCUGCCGUCGUUUGAGCCAGCCUGCCUCCACAUCACACCUCACCCCCCCCACCGCCUUCACCUGCUCAUCGUCAGCACCGUCGGCCGAUAACGUCACACGCCUGGAAGAUCCGCAGCGUCUGAGACGAAGACACCAAACAGCCAGUGCUUCAGUGGGAAGUCAUGACAAACCCACGGGGAGUUCAGCGCUACCUGAAUGAACUCCUGUUAAGGUGCAAAUCGUGUUUACAAUCCCAGUUUUUUCCUGGAGCGUUUUUGCAGCGUAGCUUUCCGAUCUCCGCACAGUGAGACUUGAACACACCAACCAAAGCACUGCAGCCUGACACACACACACACACACACACACACACACACAUAAUCCACAGCAGAGUCACAACACUGCACCCCCCUCCAAAGGCUUUCAGGGAAACGUGAACGUGGAAGGAAGAUUGUAGGUUGUGUCUCCUGAGUUGUGCCCCCCCACCCCCACCCCCACCCCCCGACUCAUCCAAAUUGGCAGAUUUAUAA